GGCCCCUUUGGCAGCUAACGGAAACCUCUCGGAGCCACUGACUCCAUUUGAAGGCCCCAGCCGUGCAGAAUCGCGCCUCAUGGGCGGUUACCUGAGCUGGCCUCGCCCUCGCCCCCCGCCCCCUGUUUUGCGUGGCGGGGACCUGCCGGAGAGACCCCAGCGCCUUGGGUCAGCGCAUCCUGGCCGCCGAGCUCCUCCGGCUUGCCGGGUUCACUCCGGGGCCCCAGCCCUGGACCUGCCCCGCAGGCUGUCGUACCAGGACCUGGUGGCUUCACCCCAUCGUCGUCGGCGCCGCCGGCGGUUCGUUGUCGUCCACCGGCCGCAAUGUCCAAUCCAGCAGGCUCGGUUCUUGCUUCUGGGGGCCUUUUCCUCAGUGCCCCGGAGCGGCCGUCAGAAGCCAGGGCUCUACACGUGCAUCUCCAGCAUGUUCCGCACCUCGGUGCUCCUGAAGAUGGCAUCUGCCAAAGGCAAGCUGAAGAUGCGUGUGGCUCUGAAGCAGACGGUCAUCUGCAUGUGGUCGUCACUGUCUCUCCACCUCCCAAACCUUUGUGUAAAGGAGACCCCGGUGAUGGGUCUUGAAGAGAGCGGCCCACUGACAGCCAAGACAGAGGAGGAACUGCCGGCCCUGGCUGAGGGCAGUAAAGGGCAAGCAAAGCGAAAGGAAGGGCACCCAGUCCCCGAAAGUCAGGACGAGCAGAGACAGGGCUCAGACGGCAGUGUGCACGCGCAGUCUGCGUUUCGGCGCCUGGUGGUCAACGGGGUUCUCGCUUCCUUUGUGCCCAGGCCUGGGCCUCUGAAGAGAGACUUUUGUUCCAACAGCCCAGGAGAUGUCCCGGUUAGGAAAUCCCAGACCCACUUUCUGAGCUCAUGCAGCAAACGGAAUGCCAUCACCAGUUCGUACAGCUCCACCAGGGGUUUUCCACCGCUGCAGAGGGGCGGUCCGCGCGCUGCCGGGCUCCUGGGCCCGGCCGCCUCACACCUCUACGCGCCCGCCGAGACAGCCGGCAAGGACCGCCAUCAGCCUAGCCCUUCGUCCUCAGUGGGCCCGCAAAGGAAGAUCGAGCCUGAAAAGGCUGCCGAUGCCCCCUCAGGGAAGACGCAAAGCUUGAACCGUUCACAACCAUCUGACGGCGGUUCCAGGCCCCGGAAGCGGAAGGUCCCUCUGCUGCUACCCUCAAGGCGAAACGACCCACUGAUCCUGCCCCCAGCCCCCCAGCCGGGUUAUCGAGUCACUGCUGAAGACCUUGACCGAGAGAAAAGAGCUGCGAUCCAGUGGAUCAACAAAGUCCUGGAAGGGGUCAGUCAUUCACAUGUGGACUCUUGUAGACCCCAGUACGUGUCUUCGGUAAGUUAUCGACCCUCUGUUUACUUACAGAUAUAAUGGGGACAGUCGUAUAUGAGAGUUAAACACAGAGGACAUAUAAGUUCCCUAUGAUGUCAAAUGCUUUGAAUUUAUUAGCCUUUUGAUUCUUAUUCACCAUUAUUUUUGUUUCUGUUUUACAGAUGAUUGAGCUAAGACCCUGAACAAUAACUUGAGACUGGUGCCAUUGUGACGCAUCUGCGUAGGAGCGGACCUUCACACACGAGUGCCUAGGCUGUACUCUGUGCAUGUAGUACAGUAUCUCAUUCCAUGUAGGGUCAUUUUGAUACUUGCAUAAGAUAAUCAUCUAAUGUGCUAACUGCAGUGUCUGAGUUAAGUGUUUGGUACACGUUACCUCUUACUGUGACUGCUCCCGCCCUCUGUGGACCACAUAUGUGGCCCACACAACCCUGAAGAGAACUCCCCUGCUUCCCUUGGCCAUCGUGAGAACAUUCAUGUGUCAGCUGUGGUGCUGGCUCAGGACGCUCCUCAAUUCUUCAUUUCUCAAAGAGCCACAGGCAGUGUCAGUUUCCAUGCAAAGCUCAGGGGAAGUGCCCCUUCCUCCUUCUGGAACCCUCUCUGUGUCAUGCCACUGAGGCAUCUGUGUUUGUGUCUGAGCAUCAUAAAACCUGUCUUCAGUGGCACCACCAACUUCAACCUCUGAUCCCCGUCUCUACAUGAGUGCUCAAGUCAGGGAUGUGGCAGCAGGUCAAGGACACAUGCCAGUCCACUGUCCUGCAAACAUUCUCCUCCAUCUCU